UGCAGGCCCUGAGGGAGGACGGGGCGCGGAGCCCUUUUCCCGCCACUGCGCCGGCGCCAUUUUGUCUCCUUCGGGAACUGAGGUGUUCCAGUGCUGGUUCCUUUGACACGACCCAGCUGCUGUGAGGUACAGCAGGUUUAUUUGUCCUCUAGUUCAACAGACCUUUAUCCUAAUGCCUGCUGAAGUGGUUAACAAUUCUCACACAAGGUUCCAGUUUCAGAUAAAGAAUGGCUCAUUCUCGUUCAGCACGGGACUUUGUUGCACUUUCAGAUCUGCAUCCAAACCUCGCUCGUCCUAAUGUAAUCGGGGUGGUUAUUGGGAAAACAGAUGUCAGAAGCUUUCCAGACCGAAAAAACAUUGGCACUGAAAGAUACACCUUCAAUUUUACCAUUCGUGAUUCCCCAACUUGUUUCAUUAAUGUCCAGUCGUGGGGCAGAGAAGAAUACAUCAGAUCCCUCUCAGAAAGCUUCAGGGUUGGUGACUGUGUUACAAUUGAAAAUCCUUUAAUUCAGUCAAAGGAAGCAGAAAGAGAAGAAAAAUUCAACCCUGUAACUCCUAGUGGCUACAAAUUAUUGCUCAGUGAAAACCACUCUGUGGUUAAAACCUCUUCCUGCUACGAUACAGACACCAGGCUCCUGGCUCUGCUGCACCUGCCUGUCAAGGACCCUCAGGAUUAUUAUUCCCUGGGGGACAUCGUGGCAAAUGGACAAAGCCUCCAUGGGAGAGUCCUCAACGUGCUGGCAGCUGUGAUGGCAGUUGGGGAGCCCAAAUAUUUCAUGACUUCAGACAAAAGGAAAGGCCAGAGGUGUGAAGUCAAGCUGUAUGAUGAAACAGAGAGGUCUUUCCCAAUAGUAUGCUGGGAUAAUGAAUCCAUCCAGCUGGCACAGAGUUGGGUCCCCCAAGAAACAGUUAUAUUUGCAUCAGAUGUCAGAAUCAACUUUGACAAAUUUAGGAACUGCAUGACUGCAACUGUGAUAUCCAAAACCAUCAUUACAACUAACCCAGAAACAGCAGAAGCAAAUGUUCUCUUCAGCUUCAUCAAAGAGAGCGCCCAGGCAGGAGCUCUGCCCAGCCCAGUGAAAGAGCUGGCAAAUGAAACCAUUAACUUGGAGGCUGUAGUGGAUGUCUACACAGUGGAACAGCUGAAAGAAAAAGCUCUGCAGAGUGAUGGGAAGCUGGAGCCUCUCCAUGGAAUUAUUUAUGGCUACAUUUCCACCCUGGACAUUGACGAGAACGUGUCCAGAGUCCUGCGCAACAGAUGCUCAAUCUGCCGGUUCAUUGUGAAUGAAGCAUCAAACACCUGCACCUUCUGCAGUGAUGUCUCUCCAGAGGCCAAGUCCACCUUUGCCAGCUUUGACAUCCUGGUGGAUGUGACAGAUCACACGGGCACCCUGCGCUCCUGCUACCUGUCCGACUGUGUCGCUGAGGAAAGCCUGGGCUGCACAGUAAGGGGGGAUUGGGCUGUUCCUCCUGAGCUCAGCUGAGGAGCCUGGUGGGAAUUACAAACACCUGCAAAAGUU